GUCCAUCACAGAGUGCCGCAGCCAAAUGGGAGAGAAAGGGAGGCCGAAAACGACGGUUAGGCCAAUUUUGAACAGAGGUCAAAAGAUUUCCGACCGUGGAUUCUUGCAGCAAGUUGAAAAAGACAAUCAAUUCGCCGAAGAAAACUCGGGCCACCCACGGCUGAGUGAGUGCCUGCACAAUCACAAGUCAAAACCGACGCACGCCAAGCCACGCCGUCCCCCCUGACCUCCUCUCCGCAACACUACUGUCCCGUCGUCUCCCUCCCACCUCACUCCCCUCCCUCCCUCCAUUGUUGUUGCUUCGGGUGCAAGCGCGCAGGCCUCAGGCGAGGCCAGCUUUACGCACCGUAUGGCCUUGGAGGUGUCGUAAAGGUCCUGAAAACGCCGAGCAAGAAGCCUUCUUCCCUGCCCAGCGUCAUCGUUGCUUGUACUGCCUCCUUGCUUCCAUUUCCAUGGAGCAUUUCUCGAUGCAACGUGCUACCACAUGGCCACGUCGCUUCGUCCUCUGCUCCUCUCUCCUGGUCCUGCUGCUCUUCCCGUCUCCAGCCAACUCCCAGAACUCCUGUGACCUGGGUGAUCUUAAAGCCCUAGAGAGUUUCUCCAAAGGUCUCGAUGGAGGAGGCGUCGGCGGCUGGGCGUUCCCAAACGCGACCUCCGAUGCAGCCAGCUGCUGUGCAUGGGCCGGUGUCACGUGCGACGGCAGCGGGAGGGUCGUCGGGUUGGACCUUCAUGGCCGGAGGCUGAGGGGCGAGCUGUCGCUGUCGCUCGCGCAGCUGGACCAGCUCCAGUCGCUCAACCUCUCCUACAACAGCUUCCGUGGCGCCGUCCCGGCUCCCCUGUUCCAGCUCCAGAGGCUGCAGAAACUCGACCUCAGCUACAACGACCUGAGCGGCAGACUCCCAGAGAACAUGUCUCUCCCACUGAUCGAGCUCUUCAACAUAUCCUACAACAACUUCAUCGGCUCGCACCCCACGCUGCGUGGUUCAGAGCAGCUCGCGGUGUUCGACGCAGGGUACAACUCCUUUGCCGGGCAGAUUGAUCCAGGCAUCUGUGAGUCAUCUGGUGCAAUCAGGGUGCUGCGAUUCUCGUCCAACCUCUUCACUGGGGACCUCCCAGCAGGCUUCGGGAAUUGCACAAAGCUCGAGGAGCUGUAUGUCGAGAUCAACAACAUCUCUGGGAGGUUGCCCGAUGACCUAUUCAGGCUGCCAUCUCUCAAGAGCCUGUCUCUUCAGGAGAAUCAACUCUCUGGUAGGAUGAGCCCAAGGUUCGAUAAUCUGUCCAGCCUUGCAAAGCUGGACAUAUCUUUCAAUUCAUUCUCUGGGCACCUUCCAAAUGUUUUUGGUAGCCUCCGCAAGUUGGAGUUCUUCUCUGCACAGUCCAACACUUUCAGGGGCCCAUUGCCUUUCUCGCUGUGCCAUUCACCGUCACUAAAGAUGUUGUACCUGAGGAACAAUUCGCUGAAUGGAGAGAUCAGCCUCAAUUGCUCAGCGAUGACACAACUUAGCUCACUCGACCUUGGCACAAAUAAGUUCAUUGGCACAAUUGAUAGUUUGACAGAUUGCCAUAAUCUGAGAAGCCUAAACCUUGCCACAAACAACCUCAGUGGUGAAAUCCCUGCUGGUUUCAGGAAGCUUCAGUUGCUAACCUACCUCUCACUUUCGAACAAUAGCUUCACAAAUGUGCCUUCAGCAUUAUCUGUCCUUCAGGAAUGUCGAAGCCUAACAAGCCUCGUGCUCACAAAGAACUUCCAUGAUGGGAAGGCCUUGCCAAUGAUUGGGAUACAUGGCUUUCACAGCAUCCAAGUGUUUGUCAUCGCUAAUAGCCAUCUCUCAGGAUCAGUGCCACCAUGGCUAGCUAAUUUCACACAGUUGAAGGUGGUGGAUCUGUCAUGGAAUCAAUUGACCGGUAAUAUUCCUGCAUGGAUUGGUGAUCUUGAAUCUCUGUUCUAUUUGGAUCUAUCCAACAAUUCACUUACUGGAGGAAUUCCGGAAAGCUUGUCAAGCAUGAAGGGCCUUGUAACAAGAAACAUCUCACAGCAAUCCACAGAGACCGAUUAUUUUCCUUUCUUCAUUAAAAGGAACAAGACAGGCAAAGGGUUGCAGUACAAUCAGGUUAGCAGCUUCCCACCCUCUCUAGUUCUCAGCCAUAACAAGCUCACAGGUCCCAUAUUGCCGGGCUUUGGAGGCCUAAAGAACUUACAUGUACUGGACCUUAGCAACAACCAUAUUUCUGGUGUCAUUCCUGUUGACCUAUCAGAUAUGUCAAGCUUGGAAUCCUUGGAUUUAUCACAUAAUAAUCUAACUGGAGGCAUCCCAUCUUCAUUAACAAAGCUGAAUUUUCUAUCAAGCUUCAGUGUGGCGUAUAACAAUCUCAAUGGUACCAUUCCAUCAGGAGGCCAAUUCUCAACAUUCAGUAGCUCUGCUUAUGAAGGUAACCCCAAACUCUGUGGCAUUCGCCUAGGCUUACCCAAAUGUAAUUCAACUCCUGCUGCUACAAUGAUUGCAACAAAUAAGAGAAAGAACAAGGGCAUCAUAUUUGGAAUAGCUAUUGGUAUUGCAAUUGGAGCAGCGUUUAUUUUGUCUAUUGCUGUUGUAUUUGUGCUGAAGAGUAGGUUCAGAAGGCAGGAUCAUACAGUAAAGGCUGUCACGGAUACUAAUCGAGCACUCGAGUUGGCACCAGCCUCACUUGUACUUCUGUUCCAGAACAAGGAUGAUAAGGCAUUGACCAUCAGUGACAUCUUGAAAUCGACAAACAACUUUGAUCAGGCUAACAUCAUCGGUUGUGGAGGCUUUGGUCUAGUGUACAAGGCAACAUUACCAGAUGGGGCAACAAUCGCCAUCAAACGACUAUCAGGUGAUUUUGGUCAGAUGGAACGGGAGUUCAAAGCAGAGGUGGAGACGUUAUCAAAAGCUCAGCAUCCCAAUCUUGUGCUUCUGCAAGGUUACUGCAGGAUUGGCAGUGAUAGACUCCUGAUCUACUCUUUCAUGGAGAAUGGCAGCCUAGACCAUUGGCUUCAUGAAAAUCCUAAUGGUCCCUCUAGAUUAAUUUGGCCAAUAAGGCUUCAGAUAGCAAAAGGAGCAGCAAGAGGUUUGGCAUACCUGCAUUUGUCAUGCCAACCUCAUAUUCUCCAUCGUGAUAUCAAGUCAAGUAACAUCCUUCUAGAUGAGAAUUUUGAAGCCCAUUUGGCUGAUUUUGGGCUUGCUCGGCUUAUUUGUCCCUAUGCUACACAUGUGACAACUGACCUAGUUGGCACACUGGGUUACAUCCCCCCUGAGUAUGGCCAGUCUUCUGUAGCCACUUUCAAGGGUGAUGUUUAUAGUUUUGGCAUUGUCCUUCUAGAGUUAUUAACUGGAAAGAGGCCAGUAGAUAUGUGCAAGCCGAAGGGAGCUCGGGAGUUGGUCUCAUGGGUUACACAUAUGAAAAAGGAAAACCGUGAAACUGAUGUCUUGGACCGUGCAAUGUAUGAUAAGAAGUUUGAGAAGGAAAUGAUGCAGAUGAUUGACGUUGCUUGUCUGUGCGUAAGUGAUUCACCUAAACUGAGGCCAUUAACACAUCAGUUAGUGCUAUGGCUUGACAACAUUGGUGUGAGCAGUGAUGCACCAAAGUGAGGCAAGUUCAAUAACAGCAAGCAUUGGCGAAAUCCUUGCGUUUAAUUGAUCCUCUCUAGUUAGGAUGAAUGUUCUUCUCUAGUGAGAGAUGUAAGAUAAUGCAUGAUGAUUGUAUAUUCAAUAAUGCAUGCUUCACGGGAGUCUAACUUGCUAAUUCAAUAACAGAACAAAAAAAACUGUUAUUUUGUAUGCAGUAGAUGCAACUUUCAGGUGGUUUAUGGAAGUUUUGCUUCUUUUUUCAGCUCUGGUCUGAAUAUCUUGUAUAUAGUUACAGGGAUUUUUUCUAGAUAAAGGCAUAACUACAUGCUUGAGUUUGUCUAACAAGUUUGUGCAAAUAUUGCAGUCCAUUACUA